CCCCCGCACCUCUCUGAUUCAGAGGGGUGGGGUUAAAUGAGGAAGACACAUUUCAGUUGUACAACCUGAGUAGGUAUCUACUUUGCGAACUAUAACCUCUGUGAUGUCCAUCUUGCUAGCUACUAUUUAGUAUUUUAUUCAAGAGGAUAAAGUCGUGACGUAGGGAGUGACGUAGUUCCUCUAUACCAAAAGAGUCCAUCGUUGAAACCAGACCUCAGUCAGUGUGUUGGCCAGGGUCUGGUUUUCAAAACGAAUGACUAGUUUGAGAGGUAGGCUAUCUCCCCAAGCUGUGGAGCAGAGAUGCUGUUUUGUCAAACAGCCAGUAGAUGGCAGCAGAGUAUUUGAGUUUGAAUCAACUAUGACAGUUACAGUAUAUUUCCUGCAUGGUCUUCUUCAGAUGCUGUACACCAGCCACCGUUCCAUCCCUCCUUUCAAGUCUAACCCGGUGGUGGUGUUGGAGAGCGAGUACAGCAGGAACUUUAAAGCCUCUCCACCUCCCAGAGGACCACGGCUACGCAGCCAUGUAGACGGGGACCAGGUGCCUCUGUUCCAGAGAGAGAACGUUUCACCCGAGAAAGCAUCAAAGAGCAAGCGGAAGAAGAAGAGGGAAGAGAGAGAGUCCAGCAUCGUAGAGGAGAACAAUCCACUUCCACAGCCUCGGGAGCAGCUGGCGGACCAGGAAGUGAAGUCACAGAGCCCCCAGAAGGCACAUCUCCCCCACAGAAAGGUGAAAUCAGAGUAUAAUGCCAACUUCCGCUCUCCGCUGAACUACAUAUAUAAGGACGGCGCCUGGGUCAAGGCUUCCACACUAGGAGAGGAGGGGCGUGACAGUCAGCAUAGUCACGUUUGGUAUCACGAGGUGCGAGAGCUUCGUAAGAAGGCGGAGGCCUACAGACAGAGGGCGUGGGGGACCCAUUUCUCCCGCCUCCACCUCAACCAGAUCCUGUCGGACCAGAACCAGCUGUGGGAGGCCUCCACCCCUUCCUCCUCUAACCUCAGCUCUGGGACAGGUUCCGGGGACGGGGAGGAAGACAGGAGUCCUACCCCCCAGGCUCUGGAGCUCGCUAGGGUUGACAGUAGCUCCAGCUCCGUAGCCGGACCCCCUCCCCUCACCCCCGUGUCCAGUAGAAGGAGCUCCACCCGGGGGGCUGGGGACACAGCAGGCCCCCCUGGUCACCUUAACCCUGGAGCCUCUAACCUACCUGUUCAGAGGAGACUAGCCUGGGAGGAGGAGACAGGGGCUGGGGGUGGAACAGGGAAGGAGAGAGAAGAAGAAGAGGACGAGGAGAGAAAGGAUGAGAGAAAGGAUGAGAGAAAGGAGAGAAAGGAUGAGAGAAAGGAUGAGAGAAAGGAUGAACUGAGGGUGCAGGACCAUCGUUCGUCGUCUGUCGCAGGCUCCCACAGGUCCAGAGAGGGUGGCAGGAUGCCCACACCCACACUGCAAAGGAUCGCUACUGUUCAGAGAACUCACCACGACCUGACGACUCCAGCCACUGGAGGUGCUAUCCUGGUGUCUCCUCCUAAGACGGAGGCGAACGGCUGGGCGAAGAGAAGUGAACCUCCGUUGGGUAAAACCCGUUCCCCAUUUAAACACCUCUCCAGACAGAAUGAGGAGCGGAACCUGCCCCAGUCCUCUCCUGCAGCUGGGGUGACUACUGUGGACCCCCUCCCCCUGAGAGAGGACCCCUGGUUGGGGGAGACCUCUCCAGAGGACCCCCCUGAUCCCCCACCGGAGGCCAAAGCCUCGCGCAAACAACCCAACGCCGCCGUCCCGGCACCUGUUAACCGCAUCCAGGGGACGCUCAGAGACCCAGAGUUCCAACAUAACGGUAAUUUAGGCCUGAGGACGUCUGAGCUGCUGCUGUGUCCUGGUGGUGGCUGUGGAACUGAUGAUGAAGAUGACAGGAUGUCCCAGAUCUCAUCCAGGUCAGCAGCGUCCUGCUCUAUGGCCUCCCAGGUCCUGGACCGAGCCCAGAGGAGGAAGGACCACUUUUGGGGGAAGAGAUAACAGGAAACACUGAGGGUCCAGGGUUCAAGUCCCCGUUUGGGCGCCAAUCCCUAUUUAGUGCACUUCUGUUAAGAGGAGGAAGGAUGACUUCUGGGGGAAGAGAUAACACCAUUGACACACACUAUGUGCUAAACAGCGCCCUAUUCCCUAUGUAGUUCCCUACCUUUUGUCUCUGAGGGAAGAUAUGACAACACCGACACACAGCACAGUCUGAACCACCAUGUGUCCCAAAUGGCACCACAUCUACCCGACCAUAUAGUACUCUGUUAUAACAGUUUUGUAACUAUUCCCCAGGUUGUUGCUGUAAAUGAGAAUGUGUUCUCAGUCAACCUACCUGUUAAAAUAAAAAAUAUAAAUAGUGCACAGCUCUAGGGGAUAGGUGUCAUGGCAGCAUACUACACUGAUCCACACUGCC